CCGGGCCCGGCCGGGCGGGGCCUCCGCCGCUGCCGCCAUGGGCUGGGAGGAGGCGCAGGUCCGUGGGUACCCGGAGUUCGUGCGGACGGUGCAGAACUACCACGGCCGGCCCAUCUUCGCGCUCUUCUGCGGCGAUAAGGACGCCGAGGGCAAGAGCUGGUGUCCCGACUGCGUGACGGCUGAGCCAGUUGUGAGGAAGGAGCUUCACAACCUGCCUGAUGAGUCAGUUUUCAUCUACUGUCUAGUAGGAGAUAGAGCCUACUGGAAGGAUCCCAACAAUGAAUUCAGGAGGAAUCUGAAACUAACAGGAGUGCCUACACUACUUAAAUACGGAACACCUCAGAAGCUGGUCGAAGAAGAAUGUUUUAAAGCAGAGCUUGUGCGUAUGUUGUUUACUGAAGACUAAAGCCUUCACUAGUCAAUCAUUGAUGAAGAUGGUAAUCUCAAUUACUGCAGUGUCCUGUCAAGGAAUGACUGACCUUUAUUAAAACUUUCAUGAUUAAUUACUUCAGACUAGUCAGGAUAAAUGUCCUGAAAUUCUGGGUCCAAACUUUACACUAAAAUCCUGCAACAAAAAAACUGUAUCUUUCCUUUCAUGUCCAAAUAAACUUGAGUUUGUGAAUAA